ACAAUUUCGAUAAACGUAAAACUAGAAAUGUUUGGCUACACUGUACGAUUGUUACUAUCACCAUUUUGUCAAUAUAAUAUUUACAUAAUGAUAAUCAAUUAAAAAUUGUUACACAAUAAUAGCUGGUAUGUACUUCACUAGGUACUUCAUUAAAUUAAUUAUUUACACAUAUAUCCAUUUAUAUUUUAUCCAAUAGCUAACCUCAUUAUAAAUUCAAUGUUUUAGUUCAAUUGUUACCAUUAUUCUGUAACACGUCAUGCAGUCGACCUGUUUUUCUUUUAAAUUUUAAAUAUAAUGUAAGUUGGCACCUACCACCAAACUUCGAUAGUUAAGUGAAAGUUACAAUUUGGAAGUUGUAUUUGUAUUAUAAUAAAGUAAGUUUUCCUAGUGAUUCCUCGUACAUCUUUAAUUUGUUUAAUUUUUCAAAAAUAUACAUUAUAGAUAUAUAUUUUAUUAUAAUUUUAAUAAAUGAAAUCCAUAACCAUUUGUCAUUCAUGAAUGGUAUUAAUCAAUUUUGAAUAAAAGUAAACUUUAAAAAUUAUGAAAUAAUUUGUUCUUAUAUCAUAAUAAUAACUAAUAAUCUAACUAAUAUAUUUAGUUCCCAUAGAGUCUAGUUACCUGCAAACAAAUUAACUACUCAAAAUAUUUAUUAUUUUUCUUUUUUAAAAAAAUAUUGAAAUAUAUCCUCUAUUGAUUUUUAGGUAAAUAACAAUAUUGUAUUACAUUUAACAAUAUUAUUUACAUUACUUUUAUAAUUUUAUUUUAGGUAAAUUUCAGAUAAAAUCAAAGAUGAAUCUAGUCAGAAAUCCAAAUUAUGAAUAAAUAUUCAACAACCAUUAUGGAUAUACAAUAACGUACGGCUUCAAAUAUUCACUUAAUAACAACUUUACCUCAACUAGAUCAAUGCUUUUCUUUUGGUGUUGGAGAAACUUAUCUUUCUAAGCUAUUAAAUUAAAAUAAACUGUUUAUCUUUAUAUUAUAUUUAUAUUACAUAUUAUACCUAUAAGGAAUAGGUAAAUGAGCAUGAAUAACACUUUUAACAACUAAACAUAGCACUUACACGACGUUAGUUAUGGGAGUUGUUAAGAAAAAUAAAACUGUAGUUAGGAAAAGUCCAAGACAGCAUCAAUGCAAAUAUUGUUUUAAGGUUUUCCCAUUUCCCAAUGUAUUGAAAAAGCAUUACAGGAUUCAUACUGGUGAACGACCAUAUGAGUGUGAUUUGUGUGGAAAUAGAUUUACUCAUCAAAAUACUCUAAAAAAUCACAAGUUUUGCAUUCACAACUGUGGUCGAGAAGAAGAUUUUACAUGUGGUCAUUGUGACAAAAAGUUUCCCCUUAAAGAACGACUAAUUGAACAUGUGCGCAUUCACACUGGAUAUUUUCCUCACAGGUAUUUUUUUUUUUUUACACUUUUAUUAAUCAAUAAUUUAAUUAUAUUUUAUAAACAGGAAAAAUCAAAUUUGAAAUUAAAAUAUCUAUUAUUAUUUAGAGUAGAUACUUUUGUAUUUUUAAUUAUAAGUUAAGUAUUAAUCUUUGAUCAUGGGACCUUUAGUAGAUUUUUUUAAAAUCGAUGGUUAAUAAUGAAAAAAAAAAUUACAUACAUUUAAUUAAAUGUUUACUAUUUUUUAAUUUCAAUACAUUUGUAUACAAUGAAACCUUUGUUUACCUACAAAGAAUUUAAAAUUUUCUUUUAUAGAAAAAAGAUGUCCCCUAUUGGAGAGAUAAAAUUUAGAAGUAUUCUAAUACUUCACUAUUUAAAAAUAUCUACUUGGUAGUUACUAUGUACUAUUGAGAUUUAUCUUUAAACAAAAGUUUUACUUUAUCACUGUUGAGUAAUGUAUAUUUGUUAAAAACAAAUUAUAAGAUGAAAUUUAAUAACUCAGAAGUUAAUAAAUAUUUAUAUUUCGCUCUAGAUUAGGGGCAUAAUUAUUAUCUUUUAUUAUUUCAAUUGUUAUUUCUUGAGCUACUUUUUCUAUACAUUUUUAGAUGUGACAAAUGCUUAAAAUCCUUCACAAGAGCCAGUCAACUAUGGCAACACGCGCGUUCUCAUAACAAACAAUAUACGCUAGAAUGUGCAAUAUGUCAUCAAUUAUUUGCAUGUCGAUCAGUUCUUCGUGGUCAUAUGAAACGGCAUAUGGGACAAAAUGAUUAUGUAUGUGAAGUGUGUGGCAAAGCAUUUUUACGUAGGGAUGGUCUAACUAAACAUCUAUCUAGCUAUCACAAUAAUAUCAGAGCAUUUACAUGUAAAAUUUGUCAUAAACAAUUUAAAGGACAUAUGAUACAACAUUUGAGAACACACAGACAUGAAAAACCAUAUGAGUGCAAGAGUUGUGAUGCCCGUUUUGUGCAACGUUCUCAAUUAACAGUUCACGAAAGAAGACAUAGUGGAGAGAAACCAUAUCCAUGUCCAGUUUGUAAAGUAUCCUUUGCACAUUCAACUGCUAUGAAAAUGCAUGUGAGACGUCAUACAGGAGAAAAGCCAUUUAAAUGUCUAGUUUGUACCAAUACAGCAUUUACUCAACUACCACAUUUAAAAAAACAUAUGUUAACCAUACACAAAACUGAUAAACCAUACCUGUGUGUAAAGUGCAAUUCAUAUUUUAAAACAAAAACUCAAAUAAUAACUCAUGAAGAAACAUGUUCACCAAAACAAGAAACUAAAGAAUUUAUUCCUCCUAGUAUGGCUUUGGAUCGAAUGCGCAUGUUAUUAGCAGUUUUGUUGAUACGUAUAUCAACCACUGAACGUUUAAAUGCAUUAGGGUUUGGAAAAAGGCUUAUAGAUUUGGUAUUAUGUGAUUCAAUUGAAAACUCUGGUCGUAGCCCUUAUCGUGGAAAUGACCUAAGUGAAAAUGAUUUAUUAAAAAAGAAUAUUGAAAUAUUACUAGACUGGACUGUACCAAAAAUGUAUAUGGAUCGGUUCAAGAGUGAACGACGCACAACUGAAGAAAUUUUAGAGGAACUAACGUCGUGACUUUAGCAUUUUAGUAACUGCCUAUCACUUGUUAGCUUUUCCAUAGGUUAGGUAAAAAUAAUCUAUACUUCUAGGCACAGUUCAAGACUGUGCAUUCAGAUCGAAUUUGUGCCAUUAUUAGGUUUCAUUAAAUAAAUUUCCAAAGUAAUAUAAUUAUUUAUGGUAUGUAUAUAUUAUAAAACUUUAUAAUUAUUAUGAAUAUAAUAAACCUUUAUAUAAUGACACAAAUACAUCAGAGAUUCAAUUACUUAAUGAAUCAAGUUAUAUAAUGCAAUAUGUAUAAGCUACUUGUUCUUCUAAAGCUAUCGUGCAUCACUCUGUUUAAAAUUAUAGCUCAAUUGGUGACGGUAAAUUUAUAAUAUAUAAUACUGAAUAUCUAAGUAUUUGAUAAUGUAAAUAAUUCUUUAUAUUUAUUGUUAUGUAUGUUCAAACCAGCAAAUUUUAAUUGUGUAUUAUACAAAUUACAAUUAUAUGUAGAAGUUAAUUAAUGACAUAGUAAGCUUUUAUUCAAUAGGUAAUGGAAAUAUUAACUUUAUUAAUAUAUUAAAUUGGUGUUGGUUUUCACAAAUGUUAAUAUAUUAUAAUAAUGUACACCUCCCUUGCUUUCUGCUGUAACUAAUUUAUUAUUAUUUGUAGUUUGAGUUAUAAGACAUCUAGUUAAAUUUAUUAUUUAUUCAAACCAAAAUGAAUUGUUUUUAGGUGUUAUGUUAACAACUCGGAUGCCAAAGUUUAUAAGUUUAUAAAUUGUAUUAUUUAAUUUUUAAUUUUUUGUAAACCAAAGACUUAAUUAAGUGGAUUACCAAAGAAGUUAUUCUAGUCACACCAUUAGUGAGAAUGGUGAGAAUCAAAACUUUAUCAUAACAAUUUAUUCAUAUACUUUCUUGACAUUUAAAAUAUUUUUAUUUUCGAAAAAUUAAAUAUUAAUGUAAUUUAUUUUACAAUAAGUUUGAUUUAAAUUGAAAUACAUAAUAUUUUUUUACCAUAAUUCUUUAACUCUAUUAUUUUUAAGGAGUAUAUAAUAAUAUAAAAGUAAUUAAAUUAAUGGGAAUAAAUUCCUUAAAUUAACCAUAAAAAAUGUAUGUAUAAUUAUAAUGAUUUGUUACUAAUAAUUAAGAAAUAAUUUAAUUGUUGUGUUCAGUUUAUAUAUAUAUAUAUAUAUAUAUAUAUAUAUAUGUAUAAAUUACUAUUUUUAAUUGUUUUAUCAAAUAUAUAUGUAUCUAUGAUUAUUGCAACUAUUGAAUUAUAUAAUAUUAUUUUAUUAAAAAUUUACUUAGUGUGUGCUAAUUAGUGAAUUUUAAUGGGUGUAUUGUUAAAUAUUUAUAUUUUAGGUUACCAAUAGUGUGCAUAUUAUUGUAUCAUACAUUAAUUGUUUUUUUCUCUCCUUUUUUUGGGAACUAAUAUUAUUUGAAAAUUUAAUUUUUGUUUUGGUUUUUAAAAAAAAAAAAAACUUAUUUAAAAUUAUUGUUUGUGUAUUAUUCUUUUAAAAUUACCUUAAAUUACUUCAAUUUAAGUAGGUAUAAAUAAUCUGAAUAUUUUGACAUUUAUGAUUGUUUCAU